AUGGUGUCGUUUCGCAAGCUCUGCGUUCGGGGAGCCCUCACUCUCUGGAGCCUUUCCGGCGCCGCUGUAUGCCAAGAUGAGGAAGAGCGGGCGUUGCCUAGUCUCCGAGAUGCGUCGAUAGAUGACCUAUCCCAGGGCCUCGAGCAGGGGCUCUUUACCAGUGUAGAUCUAGUUAGGGCAUACGUUGCAAGGAUCGAAGAGGUGAACCCCGAGCUUCGUGCUGUCACAGAGAUUAACCCCGACGCCUUGGAAAUCGCAGCUGCUCUCGAUGCUGAACGAGAGGCUGGAAAGAUUCAAGGGCCUCUCCAUGGACUUCCUAUUCUUAUCAAGAACAACAUUGCUACCGCGGACAGGAUGAACAACACUGCCGGCUCGCUUGCCCUCAAAGGCGCCAAAGUCCCCCGCGACUCCUUCGUUGCAAAGAAACUUAGGGAAGCCGGGGCCAUUAUCCUCGGGAAAGCCAACCUGAGCCAAUGGGCCAAUUUCCGAUCCGACAACGGCACGAAUGGAUGGUCGGCUGACGGUGGUCAAGUCCUCGGUGCUUAUCUCGAGGCCCAAGAUCCCAGUGGUAGCUCGAGUGGCUGUGGUGUUGCGUCGGACUUGGGCUUGGCCGCUGCUUGUAUCGGUACAGAGACGGACGGCUCCAUCAUUUCGCCGUCCCAAAGAAACAAUAUCGUCGGAUUCAAGCCCACCAUCGGCCUAACCUCCCGAGACCUCGUCAUCCCCAUCAGCGAACACCAAGACACCAUCGGCCCCAUGGCCCGCACGGUCAAAGACGCCGCCUACAUCCUCCAAGCCAUUGCCGGCCUUGACAAGAACGACAACUACACUUCCUCGAUCCCCGACGACGGCGCGAUCCCGGACUAUCUCUCCUUCCUUGACAAGGGCGCCCUCUCGGGCACACGCCUCGGCAUGCCCAGCAAUAUUCUCGAAAUCUUCGGCAUCGCUAACCCGGACCAUCCAGAGGGCAAGGCAUUCUACGUCGCGUUCGACGUCCUCCGCAUUGCUGGUGCCACUAUCGUGAGCUCCAACUUCUCCGCUUUCGAAGAUCCCGAGACGUUCGACUUCGACCUCGAGAGCCGCGUCCUUAACGCCGAUUUCGUGACGAACCUCGCCGCCUAUCUCUCUCAACUUACCGAGAACCCCGCGGAUGUGCACUCCCUCGCUGAUAUCCGGGAAUUUACGCGUUCGACACCCGCCGAGGAGUAUCCCGAUCGUAAUACGGCCAUAUGGGACGUUGCUCUCGAUGAGAUGGGCUAUAAUAAUACCGAUCCGCGCUUCCAGGAGGAUCUUGAGCUGCUUCGGAGUUAUGGAGGGGAGGGAGGUUUGCUGGGCGUUAUCGAGGAGCAUGAGUUGGAUGCUGUGAUUUUGCCAACGUCCGUGGCGAGUUUGUUUGCGGCCUUGGCUGCGGCGCCGGCGGUUUCGGUGCCUAUGGGGUUUUAUCCUGAGGAUGCCGAGGUGGUGAAGAAUGAGAGGGGAAUGACGACUCAGGGGCCAGGUCUUCCCAUCGGAUUAUCCUUCCUCGGCUCACGAUUCAGCGAGGCGAAGCUAUUCGGCCUUGCCUAUGCGUAUGAGCAAAGAACUAAUAUUAGAUCAACGAGGGAUCCGCUGAUCCUGCCCAAGACGGAGCUGGAACAUUGUAUUGGGAGAGAUGCUUGCGAGAAACCUCGCAGGAGCAGGAACUGUGCCACCUCCAAACGAAUCGUAAAGAAUGAUGUGUCGGCUAGUCAAUUGGGGAUUUUUGCUAAGGAGCUUUAG